GUCCAAGCACGACCGACUGAAAUCAAGAUACGUCUCCCAGAUGACUUCAAUGGAGACAGGAAGAAGACCCAAACGUUUUACCUUGCCACUCAACUAUACAUGAUGGCAAACAAGCACAUCUAUGACACCGACGAGAAGAAGAUCACGUUCUUCAUCUCCUUCUUGAAAGAAGGAACUGCUGGCCCAUGG